AUGAAAUUGUACAAAUAUAUUUUAUUUUACAUAUUUUAUAUAAUUAUAAAUAGAGAAAUAAAUGUUGUAAAAUCAGUAAAUCAAUGUACAUCACCAAUACUAGAUCUAAUAAUAAAAGAUUCAUGUGGUUUAGAUAGUUCAAAAUUAAUUAUAAAUCAAGAUGAUUUUUCAUUACUUGAUAUUAUAAAUUUAUCACAAUUAUCACCACCACAACAAAAGCCACUACUACAACCAACUUAUAAUAUAAAUAAUAAAGCAUUUGAAUGGAAUUUAAUUGAUGGUAUAGAUUAUUUAAUUGAAUAUAGAUAUAAGGGAUGUAAUGGUAAUGGUUAUACUAAUAAACAAAUUGUGAAAUCAAAUGGAAUGUAUUAUAAACUUAAAACUCAACCAUUAUGUUUAUACACUCAAUUUAAUUUUACAAUUUAUAAUUUUAAUUCAUAUGGUGAUUCAAAAGAAUUUCAAGCAACACCUUCAAAUAUAAAAAUUUCAAAUCAAGAUAAUACAUGUACACUCAAUUUCUUCAUUACUCCAAUUAGUAUAACAAAAGGUGCACUUCAAAAUAACAUUAUAUCAUACACCCAUCCAACAUGUGGUUUUAAAAAUGGUACAAUUUCAAUCACAAUUCCCAAAUCAUCAUCAUUUUCAAAUUAUCAUUUAUUUUUUAAAAAUGAUUUAAAUUUACAAAAUGAAAUUAAAUCUAUAUCACCUUCAACCACAGAUACAGAAACAGAAACAGAAACAGAAAUGGAAACAACUAUAAAAUAUAUAAAUUUAGAUUCAGAUGAAUAUUUAGUUUUUAUAGAUUCAGAUGAAUGUGGAAGAGAGAAAAUUAAAAUUAAACUUGAUAAUGUUUAUCCACAAAUUAAUUUAGAAUUAAAUCAUUUUUCAAAUAGUUUUUAUAAUAAUUCAAUAAUGUCAUUCAAUGAUAAUCAAUCAUCAAUUAAUUUUAAUAAAUCAAAUUUAGUAUUAUUUUAUGGUUCACAAAAUUCAAAAUUUAUAAAAAAAGUACAACAACAACAAUUGAAAAAUGAUAAUUUUCAAGAUGUUUUUUAUAAGGAUUUAACUUUUGGUUAUUAUUAUAAUAAAGAUUUAUCAAUUAAUCCAACUAACCAAUUAUUACCAUCAAUUUGUAUAUUUCAACAAUAUAGUAGUAAUACAAGAUCAUUACCACAAAUUAAUUAUACAAUAAUAAAUGGAGGUGAUGAAAAUAAUAGUUGUUUAAAUAUGAUUAAAAUUGAAAUUAACUCAUUAUAUGGAGAAAAUGAUGAAAUUAUAUUAACGUCAAUUACUGAUAAUUUAAUUUACAAAAUUGAAAAAUUAAAUAUUAGUAAUAAUAAUAAUAAUUAUUAUUAUUAUUAUCAAUCAUAUAUUCCAUACAAUAAUGAAUUUAAAAUUACUUCUUUAAUUGGUAAAGGUGAUAUUUAUUUUUCAACAAUUUAUAAAAAACUAACUUAUAAAAUAAUUGAAACUUCAUCAAUUGAACAAAUUGGGUGUUGGAAAACAUUUAAUAUUACAAUUUAUGAUUUUCAAGAUUAUAAAGAUUUAAAAUUAAUUGGUUCAAAUGAAGUACUAAUUUAUCCAUCAGUUGAAGGUGUAUUUAUAAAUGUACCUUCAAAUCAAUUAACAUUAUCCUAUUAUUACGGUGACUGUAUUACAGAGUCAAGAAUUAAUAUUGCUAUAAAUGAUAAUGAUCAUUCAAAUUUUGGUUUACAUUCAGAUUAUAAUCCAUUAGAUAAUGUUAAAAUUGAUUAUUCAAUAAUUAAAAACUCAACUUGUUUUACACCAGCCAUUAUCCAAUAUUCAGUAAAUUCACCACUUGGCAUUUUAAAUGGUACUUUUGAAACUGACGAUGAAUAUGAAAAUUUUAUAAAAUUUCCAAAUUCACUUUGUUUUAUACCAUUAUCAUAUUCAACACCAAAUACAACACCAACUACAUCACCAACUACAACAACAUCAAUACCUAUUGAUUUUAGUUAUAAAGUAAUUAAAACCCCAUCUUGUUCAAUUGAUCAGUCAGGUUUAAUUUCAAUAAGAUUAAAUGAUAGAAACUUUGUUAAUUCAAAUUUAAUUUAUAAAAUUGAAAGUAAUGGUGAAAUUUUAAUUCAACAUCCAUCAAACCAUAAUAAUUAUUUCAUUAAAUCUGGUGAAAAUAAAAUUAAAAUUACUUUAAAAAUUGGUAAUAAAUUUUGUGUAUCAUCAAUACAAAAAUCAAUUAAUAUUCCAAAGAUAAAUUCAAUUAAUCCAAAAGUUUUAAUUACACCAAUUACAAAUUGUGAAAAUUCAAAUGGUAAAAUUGAAAUUUUAAAUUAUCAAGAAUUUACAACAAUUGAAUUAUAUUCAAUAAUUAAUAAUAAACUUUUAAAUUCAAUCAAUAAUGGUAGUACAUUUUAUAAUCUUGAAUCUUCAAACUAUAUAUUAAAUUUUAAAUCACUAAUUUGUUCAGGUUCAAUAAUAGUUAAUGUACCAUCAUCAUCUUCAUCAAAUGAUAAAAAUAGUAAAUAUAAAAUUACACCAACUAUAAUUCGUAAUCCAACUUGUAGUAAUGGUAAUAGUUAUUCAGAUGGUAGAAUUGGUAUAUCAUUGAUUAAAGAUGGUAAUAAAAUUAAUAAUUUUACAAUUUCAAAUAUUAAUGAUAAUCAUAAUUAUUAUUUUACAAAUGGUAUUUAUGAAAUUGCAACAGUUGGUUUAAAUCAGUUAAUAAUUAAAUAUGGUUCAUGUAAGUGGUAUGAAAAUAUUACAUUAGAAUUUGAUGAUCCUAAAUUCAAAAUUCAAAAUUUAUUUAAUCAAACAUGUGGUUUCAAUUAUAAUUUAUAUAAAAUCAUUUCAAAUAAUUCAAAUGUUCAAAUUAAUAAAAUUACCUAUGUCACUGCUACUGAUUAUACAAAUUAUCAAAAUGAACAUUUUAUUUCAAAUCCUUUUAGAUUCCCAUUAAUUUAUACAAUUCGUUGGAAUGAUUUAUGUGAAAAUACAUUCACACAAUAUUAUGAUAUUAAUAAUAAUAAUGAUAUAAAUAAUCAACAAAUUAAUGUAAAAUAUGAAAUUGUUUAUCCAAAUGAUUGUUUAUCAAGUUCAUCAUCAUCACCAUCAUUCAAAUUUGAUAUUAUUAUUAAAAAUAUGAAUUCAUUUAAAUCAUUACUUUUAUAUGGUAGAGUUCCAACAAUAUCAAUAAAUUCAACUCAUUCAAUUUUUAAAAAUGUUGUACCUUCAGAAACAUAUGAAUUCACUUAUACUUCAUUGUAUGGUUGUGAUGGUAUUUUUUAUAUUUAUAAAGACGAUUUACCAAAAACAAAUGUUAAUCAAAAAUUAGAUAUUAAAAUUACAAAUGAUAUUUGUCAUUCUGGUCUUGGUUCAAUUCAAUUUUCAAAUUUUGAUAAUGAUAAUUAUUAUUAUUAUUUAAGAUCAUUGAAAUUAAACUAUAAAGAAAAUGAUAAUGAUGUCGAUCAUUCAUAUAGUAUACCAAUUUAUAAUGCCAAUAAUAAUAAUAAUUAUAAUAAUAAUAUUAGUAAUAAUAAUAAUAAUUACACAUUCAAUUUAAAAGUUGGAACUUAUAAUAUUUAUCGUGGUUGUAAAUCAAUGAUUAAUUGUAUAAUUGAUGAAAAAAUAACAAUUGGUAAUGAUGAUCCAGUAAUUGAAUCAAUCAAUCUUUUAGAUUCUUUUAAUAGUUCAAAAAAUGGUUCUGUCGAGGUUAAAUUAAAUUUCAAUUCAUCAUUUCCAAUUGUUUAUGAAAUCGUUGGAACAAAAUUUUCAAAUUUAAAUGAUGGUAAAUUUUUAAAUUUACCACCAAAUUCAUAUGAAUUAAAAAUAAUUAUCACUGAUAAAAUGUGUCCAAUCGUCUUGACAAAGAACUUCACCAUUAAUUUAAUUCCAACCGAGAAAACAAAUAGACAACCUUCAAAUUCAACUAUUCUAAAAUUUAAUUACUUAUUAUUUUUAAUUGGAUUUUUAAUUAUAAUUAUUUUUUAA